AUGUUUGCUAGAUCUUUCCGCCAGGCUCUGAGAACCCCAACCAGAUUGACUGUUGCCAAGCAAGUUAGUCCCAUUGUCAGAUUAAACUCUGCCAUUGGUAUCAGAAGUUACUCUGCCCACCACGAAGAGACCUACGAGGAGUUCUCUCAAAGAUACGAGAAAGAGUUCGAUGAGGCAUACGACUUGUUCGAAGUUCAGAGAGUUUUGAACAACUGUUUCUCUUACGACAUAGUUCCAUCACCAGCUGUCAUUGGUAAGGCUUUGAACGCUUGCAGAAGAGUCAACGACUAUGCCACCGCUGUCAGAGUUUUUGAGGGUUUGAAGCACAAGGUUGAGACUAAGGAGCAAUACGAUGCUUACUUGGAAGAAUUGAAAGACGUCAGAGAAGAGUUGGGCAUUGAUUUGAAGGAGGAGUUGUUCCCUGAGUCUGCUUAA